AUGUACAGAACUCGGGAAUGGAUCCCUCGCAAAGCAAAAGGCAUUCGAGGGAAGCCACCGUCCAAAGCUGACGUGUUUGUUGCAUGGUUGAAUCAGCUAAAUCCUUAUCUGGUUACGAUUACUAGAUCUGGACCUCGCAAGCGUCGCCGCCGCAGUUCAAUACAAACAUCAUGGAUGACGCUAGCGAGAGAAGAAACGGAUGAAAAUCCUGAAAAUCCUAUCUGCUUACUUAGAUAG